AUGUGGCUUACCACACUUAUCUUUGACUAUGCGGCGUCAGUUUUCCUCGUCCUUUCUCCCCUCACGUCGUAUUCAGACCAAAUAUAUAGCAUACAUAGGACGAAAAGUUCUGCUGGAUUUUCGCUGGAUAUUCCAUUGAUAAUGCUUGUGGCUUCGAUAUUAAAGUUGUUUUACUGGUUUGGCGCUUAUUAUUCGCUCGCGCUCCUCUAUCAGGCAAUCAUCAUGAUCGGAGUACAAUUGGUUUUGCUAAAAGUGGCCCUGGAUAAUCGAGCGCCAGCUGGGAUAAAGGACGGGAUUGAACAUCUACCGUUUAGUGGGCAAUCGGCAGGAGGUCUGUCUGCGGGCUUCUCGAGACCAUAUAACUUUUGGCAGUGGAGAGCUAAUAGGCCUUACUGGACAUUCCUCUCCUAUUUCGUCACAUCCCUCUUUAUCAUCCACGUCUUUCUCCGCCCCAUCUCGCGAUCGCAAUCCUAUAUUGCACUUCUUGGCUUUGCGGGAUUAAGCGUGGAAGCAUUCCUCCCCGUGCCACAGAUAAUAUCUAACCAACGUGCGCAAUCCUGCAAAGGCUUUCGUGUCUCCGUGCUCGCGUCGUGGAUUCUUGGAGACGCAAUGAAGAUGGGAUAUUUCUUUUACGAUGCCCAUUCAGUCCCAUGGGCUUUUCGUCUUUGUGCGAUUUUGCAAUGCAUCUGUGACUGCUACCUUGGUGUACAAUAUUGGAUGUUCGGGAAUGGGAUCCCGGCAAAACUUGAUGUUGACCGGAUUGUGGCGACUAGCAGGUUUGAUCAUGGUGAUGGUAGGUGGGGGAUGAAGGAUACCGAUGUGCGAUUGUCAUAG